UAUUUUUGACGUUUUACGAUGGAAAAUCCAAAGUCAGCUGACCUGCUAGGUCUAGAAAUCGUCGAAAUGGCACCAAAAAAUGAAAAUAAUCCAAAUCCCAAUAAAACUUACGAACCCAAAAAUGAAAUACAAAAUGUUGUCGAAUCCGAUUUAGCUGAAUUCGAAUCGGUCAACGAUAGUCUGGAUGAAUUGAGCACAGCUCUAGAUUCCAUCGAACAACGCACUGACAGCAUUAUGGCCGAAUUAAAAAAGCUUCUCCAUUCAAAUCGUGAGAUCCGACAAUCUUUGGCCGAGGAAAAGACAACCAGUGGUGAAGUCAAUUCCGACAGCGAAAUGAAAUAAAACAAACAAAUUGGUUUGGUAGUAGUUUCUUUUUUUUUUCUUCUUCUUGUUAUUUAAAUGUGUAUAAUCUUCUUAACGAAAAAAAAACAGUAUUUUUGUGUGUUUAACUAUUGAGUAUAUUUUUGGUUGAAAUUGAAAACAAUUUCCUGUUAAUA